UAUCUUUAGUGGAACGUUCGAAUUGCUAUCCCGUGACUUGACUUCGUCAGUAGCGAAAGCAAAUAUGGAGCCAAUAGCUCGUCUUGUGAAAGUAUCGUUACCAAAUUAUUUGGCUGGAUUACCGAUUCCAGAUACGAUAGGAGGAUGGUUUCGACUCGGUGUGACCGAUUGGGCCUCAUUGAUUCCACCAACCGCUUUAUUGGCCGGCAUUGGUUAUAUGUCGUAUAAAGCGUUUUGUCCUCAUGGCAGACCGAAACCAUGUGGUCUAGUAAAUCCUUCUAUUAAGAAAGAUAUUAAUAAAGUCGUAGAUAUUAUUGAUGUCGAAGAUAUAACAGAAAAAGCUGUUUUCUGCCGUUGCUGGAGGUCUAAAAAUUGGCCGUACUGUGAUGGAUCUCAUGGACCACACAAUAAUGAGGUCAACGACAAUGUUGGUCCAUUGGUCGUGAAGAAAGAGAAAUAAAUGUAAGCUGUCUGUUAUUUAAGUACCGGUUGACACAAAUACACUAUACUAUUCUAUAUGGUCAGUGAAAACAAAUUCUUAAAGGUAUGGAAUAAGUAUUUCACGUAUCAAAGGAUAAACUAUUCAUUUUUUUCUGUAGAUAGCGCAUUAUUGUAUUAUCAAGGAUUUAUAGAAAAGGUUAACUAUCAAGAAAUAGGGCGUGCAUGUUGUUUACCUGAUUGUUGAAAAAGUACAGGAAAUAAUAUAUAAAUAAAUAUACAGAGAGAAAAACAGAUUGGAUAUACUAAUUUUAAAUUAUUAUUAUUGUAUGGAUUAAGAUAAUAUUAUUUGUAUUAAUUAUGUUUUAACUUACACUUUCUUAAAAAGUUUUCUUAAUCCUUAAAGCAUGUAUGUACAUAUAUAUAGAUUCAGUGAUUUGCAUAAUAUUUGGGUAACAGUUGUUUAAAUAAAAUGUAUCUUAUAUAAAAAAAUAA